UCAAACCAACAAACAUACUUUCAUUCAUUUGACACUAAAAAUGUAUUCCGAACUAGCUUUUUGCUAUGGAAAAGCAAUCGAAGAAAUGGUUGCCGAAUUUAAAGUGGUGGAAGAUGUUGGAACUGGAAAAGGAAUGUUAUCAUGUGUUCAGCUGGUAUUCGAGGAACAAUACGGAGGAAAUGUCAUUCUAAAGAUUCCCGGAGCAGAAGCAGCACGAUCCAGACUCUUCAUUGGAGACGAUACAUUUUGUAAACUUCACAACACGGAAGUAGAUGCCUACACCUUUUUGCAAAAGUUCUCUGACAAAAACAUUUCCUAUCCAAAAAUCUACGAACUUGAGAAAAUGGAUAUAAGUGUUGACCCAAUAAAACAAGGACAUAUAAUAAUGGAAUAUAUGAGUGGAAUAACACACCUUUAUUGUUAUAACAAUUUGAAACCAGAUGAACUUAUCGAACCGGUCAAGAACCUUGCAAGGUUUCAUUCAAUUGGCGCCGAACUUGAUGAAGAAGAGGGAAGCAAUGUUCCAAGAGACUUUUUGAGUAGCUGGUUUACAACUUUAUUCACGCAACAGAAUAAGAACACAUUUAUUGGAAACUGGAAAGGAGAUUUAUCAGAUUGGCUACCAUCAAAAGUGGCGCGGGAUACAAUCAAAGAAUUAGAUGGUCUGCUGACACCAGAAAUUUUCUUGAAAUUGAACAACGAUUGCCAACUUACGGGUGUCCAAGAAGUCCUUUGCCAUGGGGACUACUCCUUUCACAACCUUUUAUAUGAAAAACAUUGCGAUGGCUCAUAUAAAUUCCGAGCUAUUGUUGACUUUCAGAGUGUAAAUUGGGGAAAUGCAGCACAGGAUUUGUCACGAUUGUUUGUCACUGCAAUGAGCGGCAAAGACCGUCGAGAUUCUGAGGAUCGCUUGUUAAAGAUUUACUACGAUGAAUUGAUCAAAGUUUCAAAGGGAAAUGUGGCACCGUUUACAUGGGAACAGUUGAAACAAAGUUAUACAAGAUUUUUUCAACUACACGCAGCGAUCGUGUGUACUGUGACACCCGGACUGUUUCUUGUGACACUUUCGGGAAAACACGAGGGAAAGGAAAAAGUGGAGUUUCGAAACAUUAUGAUCGAAAAAUAUGUUGGCCUCUUGGAAGAUAUUCAAAGAAAUUUACAAGCUGUUUAAGCAAGCAUUCGGUGAAAAACUUGUUCCGCUGAUUUUGCCAUUCCUUUUCCCCGGUUCAACAUUCGUUCCACCCAAGAUGGACGUCUUCUUUCCGAUGGUUCCUAAAAUUAUAAACAAAUUAUACAUGUUGCUCAUUGAAAUGUUAUAUAUCUGUGAUAAAAUUUACCUGU